AUGUCGAACUCGCAGACGCCCGAGCGUGGAACGGAGCGUCGAAAUCUACGGUCGACGCGCAGCACAGCAAGCGCAACAGCAGCAGCGAACCCUCGGAGGCGGCAACGAGACAGUGCGGAUGGCACCCAGAAGCCUCCCGCGCCCAAACGUCGCAGACACAACAAACCCAACAUCGACGAGGAGACCUUCGAGCCACCAUCGCAGAAGGAUGCACGCGACUCCACAGAGCACCUGCCCCUUCUCGAAUCCUUCGCAUCGCAGGCUACCACCGUGGAGGACGACACCAUGACGAACCUGGUGAAUGGCAACAUACACCUGUCCGCGGAGGGCAGCGUCAGAGGAGGCAGCAUGACGCGCGCGACACCCAGCGAACACACUACGAUGACGAUACGCGGACGACCGAAGCGAGUGAUGCGCGGCGACAACGCAACGGUACUGGCGCAGACGAGUGGCUACAGUGUCAAACUGCUGCCAAGCACGCCGAGAGAGCUGCGCAAGGAAGGCGUCGAGUAUCGCGGCAGUCUGGGAACCGACAACACCGCCCUGGCUGUGACACGCGAGCGCGCAAUCAUCUGGGAUUACACCGCACAUUCCGCAGCCAGCAACCCGCGCACAUUUGACAUGCCCUUUUCUUGCCGCGCAGGUGAUGCACUACCCUAUGGAGCGCUGGUGUCUCAUGGACUCGGCUCGACCACAGAUCUUGGUCUGCUCCUGCUAUCUGCCACGACUGGCAAGGCCGUUUUCUACGAAUCAAUACAUCGCGCAACAUCUCUCGGCUUGUUCCAGGAUCGUAAGACGGGCGUGGAAGGCUCGAUCGGUAGUCUGUUCUCUAGCGAGACCGUGGUCGACCUGGUUUCUGCCGACCAUGCUGGUUUCGUGGUCGUGCUGAGCUCUGGACGAAUAACACAAGUCACAUUGCACGAUGCGCAGGGGAAAGCGCGUAUAUUCAGCCAAUUCCUCAAGGCCACCGAAAGCACGUCUGGCAGUUUCUUUGGCAGCUUCUCCAACCUCUGGAGUGCUGGCUUCAGGAAGGACUUGGCGGCAGUGCACACGAGACAACUCAACUCACGUGGGCAGGUGCAGGCUGUCGCGCUCACUGAGCAAGUGGAGAUAUUAGUCUGGGACAUGGACUGGGCUGGACGAUCCGACUUCAGAUCGAGCAUAACGUGUAAAGAGGCGCUUGUUGGGGAUAUCAGGGACUUGCUCAUACCGGAGUUGGCUGGCAAGGCGGAGACGAUCAUGGCGCUCGACUUUGCCAUCUUGGACAAGCCCACUUCUGUGGUUGGCAACGAGGUCGCGACGGCCGGUACAGAAGUGCCGCUGGGUCUCCUAAUCCUACUUCGAGCUGGUACACUGGACGACCACAUCUACCUGGUGGCUGACGUCGUCCUGACUGGCGAUAUCUUCGAGGUCAGCCGACUGGUACAGUUGAAGAGCUAUAGACAUCGAGGUGAUGCUCGGUAUCAGACAAAGCCGAAGCUCACUGUACCGAAGCCUGGACAUACUGCAUUCGUGUCGUUCGAAGAUGCGACGGUUCUAUUCGGCCUGCGCGAUGCAGUCGUGGACGGGCCAGAAGCACAACUCCACAUGUCAUAUAUGGAGCCCGAUCAGUAUGAAGAGGCAAUCGUGCUGCGUACCGGCAAGGAUAUUGCCAUCGAGAGUGCCUGGGAUGAAGGCUCGAGAGGGAGUCAUGCCUCCUGCCUGUCUUUCGUGAAGGGUGCUGGACUUGUUAGGAUCACCGGCGCCGAUGUCUAUGCGCUCGACAUGGGUUGGAAGCUUUCCGCAAUGACACACAUCGAACAGGCUGUCUUCUUCGGUGCCAUGCAACAGGACAACAUAAUCGACUUCUCGCGACGAUCAGACAUACAGUACAGCCUGGAGGAGGUCGAAGAAGCAGCCUUGGCAAUCAGCAACCAGAUCGUCCGUGCUGAGACCAAGUACACCAAUGUCAUAUCCACAGCACCUACAUCCAUGGAGCAACACCUCGCAGCCAAAGCACAGGCGCUAAAAGCGCUUGCGGCCCAUGUCAGACGAAACUAUGCAGCGCUUUCCAGAAGCACGAUGUGGCGACUGCUGUGGAACGCCGAGCGAGUAGCCGCUGCUCAGCAGCUCUGGGUCGCUUUCGAAGAACACGUGACUAUGAUGAGCGAGAAGGGCAAGCGAAAAGCGACACUUCUGGACGAGAUCUGCGAUUGGUUCAACAAUGAGAGCCAUCCCGAAGAGCCAUUCACGAAGCGCAAGGAGCUGAAAGAUGAGGAGCCGGUGCGCAAAUUCUUCAUCGGUGGGCUGCAUAGACUGGAAAAAUUGUUGCAAUACACCAAGGUUUUCCUCGACGAACUGCGGAAGAACGACGAUUGGGCACAAGAGCGGGUCUUGAGGGUUGUCAUUCAGACGAAUGAUGUUUUCCUGCGAGGAUUGCGAGCGGCAUUUAUCUUCCGGAGUGAGAAUGCGGCAGAAUACGGCAUCUUGCCAGAGCUGAUUGACGACGGCGUUGUCACCGAUAUCGUCGAGUAUACCGAUGUGCCUGAGUUCUGGACAUCUACGGAGCGCCUCGUUAGCAUUACUGGGCAGGUCACUACUCUAUCGCGCAGCUUCGCAAGUGGGGCGUACGAGAACUAUGAACAGACGACAGCAACCAUCGAACAAUUGGCGCGGGAGAUCGCCGAUGCGAAUCCAAAUCUAAUCGAGUUGUUGUGCUUGCAGUUCAAGGAGCGCAUCAACUGGCGGUCAUCGAGACCAUCGCAGAAGGACCAGGUUCGCGCACAACAGCUGCUCUCCGAGUUCGAGAGUUUACGACACGAACAUUUCCGGUCGCUCGCCAACGUCGGUCACGCAGAAGAUGGCAUGCGUUUGGCGGAGAAGUACAGAGACAUGCACACAUUGACCGAUAUUGUUGUGGGCGAAGACCAGUACAAUGAAGAACAGUUGCAGGAGGCCCCGGAGCAGAGUGUUAAAGCCAUCAUCUACAAGACUCGCGAAGACCUUAACGAGAAGGUGAAGAAGUUCUUCGACCGAUAUGGAUCCGCUUGGGCAGAUGCAUUCUUUGAUAAGCUCUUUUCCGGCAGCUCUGUGGGCAAGAAGUUAGAGCAAGCACAAGCGAGAUGGCAGAAGUCACUUGCCACAUACUUGCAAUCUCACCCUAGCCGAGCCAAGAUCUGCUGGAUCAACGAUGUCACGCAAGAGAGCGACUUCUCCCAUGCAAGCUCGGCCCUUGCACAAGCCGCCGAGGCACAGGAGGGUAGAUUGUGGGCUAAGAAAGUCGAGCUUUCCAUGUCAAAGCUUGCCUUGCUUGCCGCGAAAGAGGCUGGCGAGUCGACAAAUGAGCUCUCGAAUGGCACGAGCACUGCCAAGGAUGACCCACGCAAUGAGCUCGCGGUCGUGGAAGUGCAGGAGCGGCUGUAUGCGCAUCUUUAUCCUGAGAUCGUGGCGUCUCUGGACCGCGACGCUGAGGUUGAGAUCUGCAUGCAGAAGUUUGGCAAUCACGUCAAGGACUGGCCGGCGCUUAGACAACUACUGGAGAACGGCCUCCAUGCGACUCUCAAUCACAUUGCUCUGUCUAUUGAGCAGUUGAUUGACGUGCUUACGCUGAUGGACAUUGUGACCAGCGAGACCGAAGGCAACAUGCAAGGUACAGAGUUCAUGCUUGCUCUUAUCGCACUCGACGCUGCCGCCCCUAGCAUGUCUUCUGCCAGACUCGAGACGCUUCUACAGCUAAUCUGGAAGCGUUGCUACAUCUACGACGACUGGGCGAAACUCAAGCUCUCCGGCAAGACGAAGCAGUCCGACUCGGAGCGCGGCAAGGAGCUUCGCGCUACGGCACCAUGGCAGACUCUGUUCCACAUGUUGGACACAAAGUUCUUCGACUCCACACGUCAUGUUGAUGUGCGCAAGCCGAGUGAAUGUCUCGGAUCUGCGUGUCGAAGAGAAGACAUCAGCUACCGCUUCGACAACGAGGAGUUGCUAGACCCCAUCUUGCAUGACCUGAAGAUUCAAGACGAGCUCUUGCAGUCUUAUGUUUCCGACAGGCACCUGGAUGAGCUCAUGAUGCAGUGCGAUCGUGAUGCUAAGAUUGCGCUUCAUGCACAGGAAGAAGGCAUGGUUGUGCGAUCCCAGCACGAGCGUGAUUUUCCACUUCAGGGCGAAGAUGCUGAUCUUAAUGGAGCUGGGACGAAUGGCCAUGCCAAGGGCGCCAACGGCAACCAGCCUGAAUAUGCUGAAGGCUUUGCACAGGAUGCCACAGAAGUUGAUGGCGAUGUGGAGAUGGAGUAG